AUGACAUUAUUGGUAUUUCUUCCUGGCAACCGAAGAAGCAGCAGGAUUUUUAUGAAUAAAGAAAUAAUUGAAUGGCCAUAUAAGGAACUUGGCAAGGCGUUACUUUUUAGCAGUAAUCAAGUACCUGAAAAAUUGGCCAAAUUUAUUAACAAUACUCUUUUUUUUUCAAAAAAUGUAUACCGAAUGAAUAUUAGUCUAGAAAAUAACUACAAGUAUCGAGUAUUCCUCCGUAUAAAGAAUAUAAUUGAUGAUGAGUACCUUAAAGAAAAGACAUUAGGAAGUAUACAUGGAAAUCUUCCUUAUAUGACGCCUGAAGUUAUUAAUGGAAAAGGAUAUACUAUAUACAAAGUUGAUACAGUAACUAGUGAACUUGAAAUUGAAGCAAAAUUACAUUAG